CCUUCCCAGACUGACCUCACCUGGAUACCCACCAUGCUCAACAGCACCGCCGAAAUUCCGCACGCGGCUGCGACGUGUAACGAGACUUGGCCCACGCAGUCGCCGAGCUCCGAGUUCUCCCUGGGUGUGUUGGUGCUGCUGGCUUUCCUCAUGGUGUUGCUGUGUCUGCUGACCAUCCUUGGAAACAUGCUGGUGAUCCUUGCUUUUGUUAUGGACAGAAACCUCAGGCAUCGGAGUAACUAUUUCUUUCUGAAUCUUGCUGUUUCUGACUUUGCAGUGGGUGUGUUCUGCAUGCCCCUCUACAUCCCUUACAGCCUGAUGGGGAAAUGGCACUUGGGAAGAGGAAUCUGCAAGCUCUGGCUGGUCAUGGACUAUCUCCUCUGCACAGCUUCAGUGUUUAACAUUGUUCUUAUCAGCUACGACCGUUUCCUGUCAGUUACUAAAGCUGUAUCUUACAGAGCUCAGCAGGGAAAAACAUCCAACCCUGCCAUCAAGAUGGUGGCCAUCUGGGUCUUAGCAUUCCUCCUGUACUGCCCAGCCAUCCUGUUUUGGGAGCAAGUGGCCGGCCAGAGCGUGGUAGCGGUGGAUCAGUGCUACGCCGAGUUCUUCAACAACUGGUACUUCCUGCUGUGUGCAUCCACCCUGGAGUUCUUUGUGCCGCUGCUCUUGGUGACCUACUUCAACGUGCACAUCUUCCACAACAUCCAGCGGCGCCAGCGGCGUGGCAGUGUGCAGGACUGUGAGCCUCCGAGGAGCAGCAGCCUGUCCUGGAGGUUUUGUGGCUUGCCGAGGCCAGGGGCGUCAUCUCCUUCGUCAGAAGCAGAGGACAGUGUUUCUUCUUCCAUGAGACCAAAAAAAGAGUCUUUGGGAACUGACUGCUCAUCUCCAUCCAGAGACAAUUCUGUAACCCCAGAAAAUGACUUUUCUGUUUCCUUCUGUGCAAAGACCAGAUCAAAACUGCAACGGGACAAGAAAAUAGCGAAGUCUCUUGCCAUAAUUGUCUGUGUGUUUGCCAUUUGCUGGGCCCCAUACUCUUUAUUAAUGAUUAUCCGUGGGCCCUGCCAGGGAACUUGUGUCCAUAACUUCCUGUAUGAAGCAACCUUUUGGCUUUUGUGGAUCAAUUCCUCUUUGAACCCAUUUCUUUACCCUCUCUGUCAUGUUAAAUUUCGAAUGGCUUUUCUGAAAAUAUUAUGUCACAAAAAGUUUGCAACACUGAGAUCAGGUUCUUUUUAGAAGGAAGAAGCAAAACUAGGUUCAAGAGGAGCUGGAUGAGGGAUGUAAGUAGGUAGUGUUUGAAAUUAGAUUUAGUCUUUUCCAGGAGAUUAAACUAGUUGCAAAAAUCUAAAUAAGCCUUCUGUGAAAUGUCCUCCUGCAGACAAAUGUGCAUGACCAAGGUUUGUGUACUUUUUCAAGCUAUUUAAAUUGGUCAUUUAAAGGCUAUUGCCUCUGUCUGACUUUUCCUAGUAGUCUGUCCACUUUAUCUUAAUUCUGAUUGCUGAAAAUGUUGUCUUC